AUGUCUUCCUCAAGUUUUUCACCAGCAGCCCCACCAGUCUUCAAUGGAGAUGGCUUCCACAUAUGGCUGGUCAAGAUGAAGACUUACCUGCAGGCCUUUGAUCUGUGGGAAGUUGUUAACACAGAUGCUGAGCCAGCACCACUGAGGGCUAAUCCCACAGUAGCUCAGAUAAGGCAGCAUGCUGAUGAGAGGACCAAAAGGCAUAAAGCCAUGUCCUGCAUCCAGAACUGUGUAUCAGAUGUCAUCUUCACCAGAAUUAUGGCCUGUGAGACUCCAAAACAGGCCUGGGAUAAGCUUAAGGAGGAGUUUCAAGGCACUGAGAGAACAAGGCAACAGCAGCUAUUAAAUUUGAGAAGGGAUUUCGAGAAUCUAAAGAUGAAGGAAGAAGAAACAGUGAAGCAGUAUGCAGACAGAAUCAUAGCAGUGGUUAACAGUAUAAGGCUCCUUGGUGAGCACUUUGAUGAGGCAAGAAUUGUGGAAAAGGUCCUCUCCACUUUGCACGAGAGAUAUGAGGCCAAGAUAUCCUCCUUAGAGGACUCAAGAGACCUUGCUACCAUCUCUUUGAUGAGCUAA